CAGCGGGGUCUGGGCGUACUGAGGAGGCUGCCUCCAAGUUACUUGCUUGGAGAGGGGCACUAUUAGCACAAGUGUGGUGGGGAGGCGGUCGCCCAUUUGGCUGUGUGAGGUGGCCAGGUCCCGGCUCCCUUCCCGCCGGCCUCCCGCCUUCCCCGCUCGCACCAUCCAAUAACUCAACUUCUCGCCUGGGGGGUUCGCGCCCGCCCUUCCCCUCCUCCCGCGCCUCGGCGCUGUCCGCGGUGCUGACCGCCAGUCCCCCAUUGCUGCUGCCACCAGCUGGGAUCUCUCCAGCCUCGCCUCCCGGCCUCCCACCUCGCCUUCUCCGGGCACCGCACACAUAAAUCACGGGUGGGAGGCAGGCUCGGUUCCCCUGCGCUGGGAGCUGCCGCCGCCCCUCCCUAGCUCGCCAGGGUUUGCAGUAGCGGUGACAGCCGCUGCCCGAGCGGGCGCCGGGGAAGCAAAAUUGAUUCGUCUACUGCAAGCAGCCUGGAGUUGCCUAGGUGCAGACAGGAGGAAGACAGAGAGGAAGAGGGCGAGAGAAAGGAAGGAGAGAGAGAGAGACAGACAGACAGACGGACAGACAGACUCACCGGAUACCUUUGCCCAGGGGGACGGUCUGCAUGAAUACCCUGCUGUCCACGGACUCUGGCUGAUCUGAGUUUGCUGCUCUUCUGGCAGUGGCAUCUCUGCGGAGCGUUCAAACCAAGUCAUCGGGAGUUAGCAGCCUCCCAUCCGGCAGGGAAGGAAGGAGUUGGCACGAAUCUGGCUCCCGGUUGCCCUGCAACCCUCCGGUGUCUCGGAGCACGCGCCUGAGCCUCGCACCAUGACGGACACCGUGGUCAGUAGCAGCUCAAACCGAUGGAUGUACCCCAGCGACCGUCCCCUGCAGUCCAGCGAUAAAGAACAGCUCCAGGCAGGCUGGUCUGUCCACCCCAGUGGACAGACAGACAGACAGAGGAAGCAGGAGGAGCUGACGGACGAGGAGAAGGAAAUCAUCAACAGGGUGAUCGCUCGGGCUGAGAAAAUGGAGGAGAUGGAGCAGGAGCGCAUUGGGCGCCUGGUGGAUCGCCUGGAGAACAUGAGGAAGAACGUGGCCGGGGACGGGGUGAACCGCUGCAUCCUGUGCGGGGAGCAGCUGGGGAUGCUGGGCUCCGCCUGUGUCGUCUGUGAGGACUGCAAGAAGAAUGUCUGCACCAAGUGUGGGGUGGACACGUCCAACAACCGCCCACACCCUGUGUGGCUCUGCAAAAUCUGCCUCGAGCAGAGGGAGGUAUGGAAGCGUUCCGGAGCGUGGUUCUUCAAGGGCUUCCCCAAACAGGUCCUCCCCCAGCCCAUGCCUAUAAAGAAGACCAAACCUCAGCAGCCUGUCACCGAGCCUGCUGGGCUAGAGCAGCCCGCCCCCGAGCCCAAGCACACAGCCCGGGCUCCUGCACGAGGUGACACGGAGGACAGGAGAGGCCCAGGUCAGAAGCCAGGGCCCGACCCAGCCUCUGCCCCGGGCCGAGGAAGCUACGGGCCACCUGUGCGCAGAGCCUCAGAGGCACGCAUGACGCCAGCUGGCCGGGAAUCUGAGAGCUGGGACCACGGCCACGGAGGCGGUGCUGCAGAUGCCAGCCGGAGCCCGGCAGGUUUGAGACGCACCAACUCGGUCCAGGCCUCCCGCCCUGCGGCGGCCUCGGGGCCCAGCCCAGCACCUCCUCAACCAGGGCCACCAGGACCGGCAGGGGGCACCAGAGCGGCUCCGGGGCCCGCAGGUCGCUUCCCAGACCAGAGAGCAGAGGUGGCUACAGGUGACCCUGGCUAUCCGGGGGUCACUGCCCCAGUCCGGGAGGAGAGGACAGGGGCAGCCAGGGAGGAGCGAGCGGCCCCGACAGCCGGACCCUAUUCCCAAGCAUCUGCCACCGUGCCCCAGCCGGCCACCUCGGCCCGCCCGCUGCCCCCGGAGGAAGAGGAGGAGGAGGCCAACAGCUAUGAUUCGGACGAAGCAACCACCCUGGGUGCCCUGGAAUUCAGCCUUCUCUACGACCAGGACAACAGCUCCCUGCAGUGCACCAUCAUAAAGGCCAAGGGACUGAAGCCCAUGGACUCCAACGGCCUGGCCGAUCCCUACGUCAAGCUGCACCUCCUGCCGGGGGCCAGCAAGUCCAACAAGCUCCGGACAAAGACCCUGCGCAACACCCGGAACCCCAUUUGGAACGAAACCCUCGUGUACCACGGCAUCACAGAGGAGGACAUGCAGAGGAAGACCCUCAGGAUCUCAGUGUGUGACGAGGACAAAUUUGGCCAUAACGAGUUCAUCGGUGAAACGAGAUUCUCACUCAAGAAACUGAAACCGAACCAGAGGAAGAAUUUCAACAUCUGUCUGGAGCGGGUGAUCCCGAUGAAGCGCGCAGGAACCACCGGCUCGGCCCGGGGCAUGGCCCUUUACGAGGAGGAGCAGGUGGAGCGCAUCGGCGACAUAGAGGAGCGCGGCAAGAUCCUGGUGUCCCUGAUGUACAGCACUCAGCAAGGAGGCCUCAUCGUGGGCAUCAUCCGCUGCGUGCACCUGGCGGCCAUGGACGCCAAUGGCUACUCCGACCCCUUCGUCAAGCUCUGGCUGAAACCGGACAUGGGAAAGAAAGCCAAACACAAGACUCAAAUUAAGAAGAAAACCCUGAAUCCUGAAUUUAAUGAGGAGUUUUUCUAUGACAUCAAACACAGUGACCUGGCGAAGAAGUCACUGGACAUCUCCGUGUGGGACUACGAUAUCGGCAAGUCCAAUGAUUACAUCGGAGGCUGCCAGCUGGGCAUCUCAGCCAAGGGCGAGCGCUUGAAACACUGGUACGAGUGUCUGAAAAACAAGGACAAGAGGAUCGAGCGCUGGCACCAGCUGCAGAAUGAGAACCAUGUGUCGAGCGAUUAGGACCGAGCCGGCCCCGCCACCGUGAACCCAGCCUGCCCCGGCCGCUCACUGCGCUCCGGUCUCUCCCCUGUGCCACCUCCCAGCCCAGCUGCCCUGUCCGAGCCGGACAUUGGGGUCCCCCCACCUUGGGCAUAGCUGCCAAAGACCUCCCCCUUCUCCUCCUCUUCUUCCUCAAACCUUCCCUCCUCCCCUGCCACUCCCCUUCCUCCUCCUCCUCCUCCCCCUCCUCCUCCUCCUCCUCCCCCUCUUCCUCCUCCUCCCCUUCCUCCCCUUCCUCCUCCUCCUCCUCCUCUUCCUCCUCCUCCUCCUCCUCCUUCCCUUCCUCCUCCCCUUCCUCCUCCUCUUCCUCCUCCUCCUCCUCCUCGUCCUCCCGUCCUCCCGUCCUCCUUUUCCUCCAUCUCCUAGUAUGGAGCAGGAGGGCUGGGGACACAGAGAUGCUUAUAAAGAGCAGGUCCGUUUAAUAACCUCCCAGCCUGGGUAAAUUAACAAAGGUCUCCACCAUUCAGGGCUGUUUUUCUACCCUCCGGGGCUUGAACAUACAUGCACACACACCUGCCUGGGUCCUGUGUCCCCUCCACGUGUCCCCUCGGCUGUCAGCAAACCCUCACACCAGGAACACACAUGUUGGGGCAGAAAUGGGGACACCCAGGAUCCCACUGCCCGUCCGGACGCACCCCAGUUGCCAGGAGAGCAGCCUGCUCCUGUGGGCAGGAGCCCCCCGCCAUCCCACUCCAGACACACUCAGCAGUGGACACACAGGGACCUCAUCGCCCCCUCCUCCAGGAAGUCAUGGAUUUGCUCCUGGCAGAGAAGACUCCUCCUCCCCACCGCCUUCCCUUCCCCUACUCCCAUCAGGAGCCUCCCCUGGCCAGCUCCUGCUGUGCUCUCCGCCCCCACCUCCCCCCUCUUCCCUGGUCCCCUCAUGGGGGGGGCACAGAAUAAUAGAAGCAGACUCUGGGGCUCCAGGCCAACCUGCACCCACACGCCCCGCCUCCCUCCCCUCUUAAGCUCUCCACCGCUGCUGUCUGCACGGCCAGAUGGCCUUGGGCUGGGGAAGGCUGCAGGCACAGCCCUGGGCACAGCAGUACCCCACAAGCUGGCGGACGCCCCUUAGAGAGCUCUGCCACCCCUGCUUCCCCAGUGGGCACUGGCGAGAAGAGAGCACUAUGGGCCGGGUCCUAGGGGGCUCCACCAAGCCCACCUGCCUCCUUCCCCUGUGCUCCGGGCUGGGGCUCCAUUUCCUUCCUGGGGUGCCCUGCCUCUCCCUCUGUCCAUCUCUCUGUCUCUGGCAUGUUCUUUUUCAAGUUCCCGGGGGAAUCCAAUCACAUCUCGGGUAUAAAACUUUUAAGAAGAAGGAAACCCUGAUGCCAAAGGCUUUCAGUCCAUCAUGAACCAAGACAAACACUCUAACUCUGAGGCUGGUCAGGGAUUCUUCAGUGCCCCUUAAGAAAGGUUGGGUUUUCCCAACUUUGAUUAGAUGUUUGCUUGGGAAAAUCAUCACAAAUCAUCCCGGACCCCUGCCACUUGCUCUAGAGGCUGUCAGGCCCAACAGAAACUGCUACCCACACUCGCAACUUCUGACCCCCACUUAAUGCCCUCCACCCUCAGCUCCCCGCACACCUUCCUGGAGGACUCGGUUCUUGCCUUUAAACAAUCACUUUCUAAAUACCAAGCUCCUCGCCUUCCCCGAGGUGGUCAACAGCUUCCUGGCUUUUGACCUUGACUUCUCCCUUUAGUCCCCCGUGGCACCCACUCAGCCACCCCUCUGUCACGGUCCACCCUUAGGAGCAUGCAUGCCGGCUGUGGCGCCCAAGCCUGACGCUGGUGUCGGCGCUGGAAUGAGCAUGCCCGAGCGUGCCAUGCCCUGGUCUGGGCACACGCUGUCCCAGACCCUGCCAGUCCCUCCCGCCUAGCACAAACACAUCCCCUGUGCAUGCCAACCACCGUCGCCUUUCUCUGUGAUGAUGUAGCCAACAAUAAAGUAGGAAUCUCCAGGCA